AUGUUGUCCUUCCUGCGCUCAGGUGAAACCCCCCCUCCUGAGAACAUCCACAUCUCCUCCCUGCCUCCCAGUAUUCCCACUGACCAGGAACCAGAACCGGGUGGAGAACGAGGUCAGGACGACAUGUUGGAUGAGAAACCAGUGGUCCAGACCACCCACACCCACAGAGGCCUCUCAGCUCCGUCGGUUUUCCUCCAGCACAAUAAUGCACCUCUGCCCAGCACGUACUUCGAUCAGAGGGUCCCUGUUCCAGAGGAGCACAGUGAGAAGGGGAUUAAUCUCCGGAAGCUCUGGGCCUUCACCGGGCCGGGCUUUCUGAUGAGCAUCGCCUACCUGGACCCGGGAAACAUCGAGUCUGACCUGCAGUCGGGCGCUAAAGCUGGCUUCAAGCUCCUCUGGGUUCUGCUGGCAGCCACCGUCAUCGGCCUGCUGCUGCAGCGGCUGGCGGCCCGGCUGGGCGUCGUCACCGGGAUGCAUCUGGCCGAAGUCUGCAACCGGCAGUACCACACGGUUCCUCGUAUCAUCCUGUGGCUGAUGGUUGAACUGGCCAUCAUCGGCUCAGACAUGCAGGAAGUCAUCGGCUGUGCCAUCGCCUUCAGCCUGCUCUCCUCUGGCAGGAUCCCUCUGUGGGGAGGCGUCCUCAUCACCAUCGUCGACACAUUCGUCUUCCUCUUCCUGGACAAGUACGGGUUGAGGAAGCUGGAGGCGUUUUUUGGUUUGCUCAUCUCCAUCAUGGCCAUUACAUUUGGAUAUGAGUAUGUGAUGGUGGGUCCGGACCAGGCCCAGCUGCUGAAGGGGAUGUUUGUUCCGUACUGCGAAGGCUGCGGUCCGGUCCAGCUGACUCAGGCCGUCGGCAUCGUGGGCGCCGUCAUCAUGCCUCACAACAUCUACCUGCACUCUGCUCUCGUCAAGUCUCGAGAAGUGGACCGGUCCAACAAGAAGGAGGUGAGAGAGGCCAACAAGUAUUUCUUCGUGGAGUCGACCAUCGCGCUGUUCGUCUCGUUCCUCAUCAACGUGUUCGUGGUGGCCGUUUUCGCCGAAGCGUUUUACCAGCGAACCAACGCGGAGGUGCACAGCGUCUGCAACGAGUCAGGAAGUCCUCAUUCAAACAUGUUUCCUGUGAACAAUGAAACUCUGGAGGUGGACAUCUACAAAGGGGGGGUGGUUCUGGGCUGUUUCUUUGGCCCGGCAGCGCUCUACAUCUGGGCUGUCGGGAUCCUGGCAGCUGGUCAGAGCUCCACCAUGACGGGAACCUACUCCGGCCAGUUUGUGAUGGAGGGUUUCCUGAACCUGCGCUGGUCGCGUUUCGCCCGGGUCCUGUUGACCCGAUCCCUCGCCAUCACUCCCACCCUGCUGGUCGCCAUCUUCCAGGACAUCAACCGCCUGACGGGGAUGAACGACUUCCUCAACGUGCUGCAGAGCAUGCAGCUGCCGUUCGCCCUCAUCCCCAUCCUCACGUUCACCAGUUUACCGUCUCUCAUGAACGAGUUCGCCAACGGGCUGGUCUAUAAAGUCGGAGGAGGCCUGGUGAUCCUGAUCGUCUGUGCCAUCAACAUGUACUUUGUCGUCAUCUACGUCACUACACUGAACAGCGUUUGGCUCUACGUGCUGGCGGCGAUUCUCUCCAUAGCUUACCUGACGUUUGUGGGAUACCUGGCCUGGCUGUGUCUGAUCGCUCUGGGAGUUUCUUUCUUGGAUCCGUCCAGCAGAAGAGGACACGACACGACCAUCCUGAUCGAGCCGCAGCCAGAGUUCGACUCCUGAACGUGUGUUUUUAACGGACCUUAAAGGUGCAGCAGCAUUCACUUUAUUUAUACUAGAAGCUGUUAACUUUCACGUGAAGCCUUGUGUUUGGAUGGUGCUACAGACAUUUGUAGUUGUUUUUAUUCUAAGCUGACAGACUGACGGAUGUGAAUGAAGCUUUUACAACGACGAUAAAACCGUCUGAAGCCUUUUUGAGGAAUAAACACAUUUUGAAACUCA